CACACCGACCAGCCAAAAGAGAGACAGACUGACAGACCGACCGACAGACUUACUCUGGGGAAGAACCUUGGGAACCAGCGAACGCACGGGCGCAAAGCAAACCAGUUUUCCCGACGAGCGGCUCCCUCACCCGUUCCCUGAUUCCCCCACUCACGGCUUGGCUUGGGACUCUGUCUGCGAUACACCAUUACCCCGUCGAACGUCCGUGAAAGCCGGACCACCCUGGCCAUUAAUGAACCCGCUGAAUGACGUCCUGUCCACGGGGGUCCGUUUCAUGAAUGCUCACUCAGCUCACGCCCUCAGCUGACCGAAAAACUAGGAGAAUCACUACCGGAGAGCCUUAGCAUUGGUCCGUUCCUCCGUUCCUCCGUUCCUCCGUCCCUUUGGCCCUGUGUCCGUGAAUGUGCGAGUAGUGAACCAGGCUGAGUCUGCCCAUGGGAAGAGUCGAGCUAAACGGGGGCACUACCAUCCGGACAUUGUCAUUCUUGGCCGUGGCCUAGAUCACCCAUUCAUCUAUUCGCUUCUGGUUGGACCCGAGUCGUCGAGUCAGCGACCUACAUUACCCUGACAUCGAAUGUCAUUCGUCGUCGUCGUUGUCACCCCUCACUGUCGCCACUCGAACGCGGCCUGACGUGGGUCUCAACCUCCCUCACUCAACCUCCACUAAUCCACAAUCCACUCGUCCACCUUCGAUCACACGUCCUCCUUGGCAUCAGGACCUCGUUUCCAGCAUGUUUUUCGACGAAUAUGAUUCCGAAGCUGAUGACGAACUGUACAUCUAUCCGGACGUGGAGCUUUUUGGCAAUCCGUUCCAUCCGCACAUGGAUUUGCUCCACGGUGAUUUCGACUUUGACGACAUUGGCGACAUCGAUUUUGAUUAUGACUAUUAUUCCGACGAAGAUGACGAAUACUUCUCCGACGACGAAAACCACAACAAAAUCUUUGUCUCGCUCCAAGAUUCGCACGUGCUCAAACGCUUGUGCUUUCAUCGAGCUUUUGCACCCAAGCGUUUACCCAAAGCUCGCGUAGCUAGACCCGAAACUUAUGAGGAUCUAUACCGCCUCUUGACCGAAAUUGAGAUUCUGCUCCGCACCUGGAAAAAGCGCAACGCUCACGCUCUCACCGCCCACAUUACCCGCCCCAAUGAUCCCGACGCGCCUGACCUCGCGCCUUCGGCCAGCCCAGCUGCUCGUGCAUCCGAUGCAACGGCCGCCCGACUUCCGAUUGAUGACCACGAUGAUGACGCCCAAAGUAAUCGGAGCUUGCGUUAUGGCGUGGACUAUGGUACUCAGGAUUUCGAGCAUGAAUCUGAUUCGGAGAUGGAGUAUUAUGGUGAAACGGAGACCAACGAUAUCUUGACGAAGAAGAAAUACUGUCAAUCCAAGCGCAUGUUCAUCGAAGCCUUCAAAACCAACCACGAUUAUGAGACCUUUUACCGCUUCAUUCAUCGGGCUAAAAAGCAAGUGUACGAUCUAAUUUUCACGCUUUUCUUGAAUUCGGUUCCGCCGGAAACGGCAGGUCGUUUGCCCUCCGAAGUAUGGGAAAAAAUCUGGAAGUACACCCAAGUACCCACCGAGAGCAAGCUACAUGGUCUGUGCUCUGGCUUGAGGACUGACUCUUUGGUCGAGAGUGAGCGACUCACAGACCUAUUUGCUGCCGCCGGGGAUCUCCACAUGACCAUUUUUGAGAUCCUUUUCAAGCACCCGUACAUUCUUGAUCCACCUCUAAUGGCCGACGUGUUGAUGGGAAAAGUUGAGACAAAUUUGGCCUCGUAUUCCAGCUUCAUGUUUGAUCGCUACCAAAAGCGGUUUCAAACGGCCUUCCAUCGCAUGGCAGGCUUUCACAACCUUCGCGUGGCCCCCCAAGACGAAGCAGAACACGAGGAUAUUGGAAACAACGGCUGCGAGGUCGAAGAAGAAAAUGUUCAAGUCAAAAGGAUGAAAGAGGGGCUAGUCACGUUUCAAAGUCGAAAAUGUCGAGAUGUCGCCCCAUCCAAUAACUUGUUGCACCUUCGGCGCGGCAUGUUGGACAUCCAUGAGUUUAUCUUAACCGGCGAUCAAUCCCAGAAUGUAAUUGCCUUUUUUGAAGUGUCUGAGACCGGGUCGUUCAUCACAGCCACGAUAUGGAAUGUAAUCCUAAGUCGUCCGGUGGCCAAGAUUCACACUGGACUAACUCUGCUCGAAAUAUUCAUGGACAAGAAUGAGAGCAUGCCGUAUUUGUUGUUUUCGUUGGCUCACGGCCGAUUUGCUGUCGCUAACCGAAUCAGUACGCCGGAGAAAGACAACGUCGAAAUAAUCAUGUGGGAGUUUAAUCCAGAAGGAGAAACCAUGGAGGUAUGCCGACCGGAAGAUUGCAGUCUCAAGGUCUGUGACGAAUUGGCCAGUGCACCACAACCUUAUGAAAGUCAGGACCAAUUUUUGAAUCGAAGACCCUGCAGUCUGCAUGUUCUUGACCGCAAGAACAAUGGCCGAGUUGACCUCAUGUUGUGCCAUCGCAACAAUUUUUCAAUGUCCACCACCCUAUUGUUCUACGACGGGGUGAGUGGGGCCCGAUUAAAAGAUGCCACGAUUAAGUUCACUGACCGCUACUUGUCCCUCGAGUGUGUAAAAGGGGGGCGAGCCAUUCUCAGGGAGGGCAACCAGGAGUUCUUCUUCCUAAAUUUAAACAGUGGGAAAAUCUUGGAUCAAUACAAAAUGGCUGAUCUAUGCAAAGACGCCAAUCAUUCUCACGAAAAAGAUGAAGUCCUGGACCGGUGUUACUACGAUGUCAAGAUGGACCAGGAUCCUAAACGGAAUGAAUUCCUCAUUUUCGGGACGGGCUUGACGUACUUUCAAUUGUUUCAAUACGAAGAUAGCGAGCAGCAAGACGGCGAGGGUGACCAGAGUGACCUCCUACCGGAAGUGGUGCUCAGUGGCGAAGAUGGGGGCAUUUUCGGUUGGUCCGGCGUUUUGAACGCUUAUUUGUCUUUAUAUCAUGGCUGUAUCUAUGGAGCCCCCUAUCAAGACGUUCACCUCCGAGCUCACACCGGCGAUUUUAGUCGUGAUGAAGAAAGUGUGGGGUCUGUCAAUCUCAUGGUCUAUGAUCUAAAAACGCGUGAAUUAACACCGGCACUUUCCUCACUUUGCCGCCAAUCCUCGCCUGAUACUCUCUUGACUUGCUCAAAGUUGUUAGACCAAGUCUUGAUGAACGAAUAUUCUCGCCAUGUGUUCAUCGACUUCUUGGCCCAUCGAUACUUGUACUUUGUGAAUCCAAAUGUGAUGAUUCUGGCCACUCGGCAAGGAUUCAUUCAAACAGAUUUCCAUUCCUCACAUACCCAAGCCAUCGAACUCGAAGAAACCAUUCUUAAAGAUAUAUAUGAAUCCAGGAAGCUCACCGUGAAAGAGAAGCAAAUUUUGGCAUUGACGCAACUUCAUCGGGAAAAGCCUCUGGACGAAUUUAUCGGUACCGUGACACUCUGGAAGCAUUCAUUCGGCUUUUCAAAGCUGAAUGACCACCCGGAAGUGGGCACCGUUUUUAUCCAUCUCUCAGCCAUCAACAAUCGUAACAAAGGGCAAUUAAUGAGCCCAGGGGACGUUGUCAAGUUCCGAAUAUACAAAUCUCAUGACGGCAAGUUUCAAGGGGUGGAUGUCAACCUCAUCUCGUCAGUACAUGAAGCGAAGAAGUCUGGUCAUCGUCAUUCACAUCAUCAUGGUCGGGGUCGAGGAGGGCGAAGAGGCGGUGGUGGUGGUCGAGGGGGUCAGAAAAGCGGCCGAGGAAGUGGUGCGAGUGUCGAAAGGAAUGCGCUGAAAGUCGAAAGUCACCAUGUCUACUGAAUCCAGAAAGAAUGAAAAAAAAAAAGAAAAAAACAGCAAUGAAUACUGUGCAAGACAUGAGGGGACAAAAAGAAUAUUUUUGCAACAUUUCUUUUUAUUUUAUGCUUCAAAUACACCGCGACAAAAAGAAAAUGA